AUGCUGUGCUGGACGUUCUACGCGGAGCAGCUGAUGAACAAGGUGUUCGUGACCGAGGGAAUGGACGUUGGGGUGGAGAUGGAGGGCUACACGACGGGCUUCGUCAAAUCCGAGGAGGUGGAGGCCAAGGUGAGGCUGGUGAUGGAAUCUGAGGAGGGCAGGCGCAUCAGGGGUCGAGUGGCAGCACUCAAGAAUGAAGCAAUAGCAGCGAUGCAGGACGACGGCUCAUCGCAGACCUCGUUUGCCAGGUUCUUGUUUGAUGCCAAGAAUCUUCAUGAACAGCUUGCAUUGGCUAGUGAAUAG